AUGCUGGAGCCGGGCCACACGACAUUUCACGGCAUUGUUCCUGGCUUGUCGUGCUCACCAAUGGGCAAGAUCCAAGUUGAUGUCCUAUUUGGCGGCCGGGAUAACUUCCGGGUUGAGAACAUCCUGUUCGAAGUGGUUGAUCUCGACGGCCCUUACCAUGCCUUGCUCGGGAGAUCGGCAUUGGCGGAGUUUAUAGCCUCAACUCAUGUGGCCUAUCUGAAGAUGAAGAUGCUGGCACCCAGUGAAGUCUUAACUGUGGUGGGCAACUACAAGAUUUCUCUGGAAACCGUUUUAGCCGGAUCCUGCUUGGCCGAGUCACUGUUCAUUGCGGACGAGAAGAGAAGAAUCCAGAUGGCUGUUGCGCUGGCACAAUCGGCACAACUCGGUCUGACCGGGAUGAGCAACCCGCUCGGUGCAACGGCGUUCAAGCCACCAAAGGAGACAAAGGACAUUGUCCUGGACCCAGAAUACCCGGAGUGCAUCGUUCGCAUCAGUGCCGGAUUGAGCGAGAAAUAG